UUCUGCGUCAUCCAUAACACUUUCCUUCCGGUCGGUUUCGUUUGAGGAGCACAGUUUGAUCACACCUCGAUACAAGUUCAGACAUUUAACCUACUAAUGAAUUUGAUGGAAGAUGUCGUCCGACUUAACGUUAGACUUGGAUAACCAUAAACGUUGUUUCAUGAUGAACCCGGAAACCGGCUUCUCCAUCGACCAGGGAGACGAGUGGGACUUCAGUCUUUUUGAUGAACUUGAUUCCCUGGGGGAUGCAGACGAUUUGCUGAAAGCCCUUCAGAACGCGGACUAUACCUGCGGGGCUCCAGAACUUGCCUUUGAUAUUCCCAUACCUGAAUGGACUGAAGGCUACUACACAAACAACGCCUGCACAGAUGGUGAGGUGAGCACGCACUCUCUGUCACCUUCUCACACCGUGAGCUCCGUCCCCUCCCCCACAGCUGCGGAGGCGCUGUCCCCCUACUCCUUACACGAUGAGGCUUUUUCCCCACAGUCUCAGCCUUCCCCAGUGUCUGUCUGCUCCGAGUCCAGUGGGUUUUCUGAAAUCCAUCCCCUGGCGAAGAAAGCGCUGAAGAGGACCAGCCAGACUGCGCGAGCCAAACCAGCACAGUCAAGCAACAGGCGCAUUCAGAUGAGCGCCAAAGUUUCCAUCCAGCCCAAACCGGUGAUUGCAGCUGUGGCCUUGGCUCACGCAGCUGCUCCCCUGCAGCCCAAGACAAUCAUCAUCCAACCCUUACAGACCACCAUGCUGCCUGUGGUCAAAGCUCCGAUCAGUAUCCAGCCAGCGCCCUCUCCAGGCCAGGCCAUUGUGCUGUCGCAACCAAGCCAGUUGCUACACAUCAAUACCCCCCAGACUGUCACUGGCAGCGUGGUCUCCAUGCCAGCACUGGGCCAGGACAGGCCUGUCGUCGCGCCGCCAGUGGUCACGCUUCGAAGCCCUUCUUCGGAUGACGAUACAAAGUUUUCCCAGAGACAGCAGCGCAUGAUAAAGAACCGCGAGUCCGCCUCCCUGUCGCGGAAUAAGAAAAAAGAAUAUCUGCUGUCGCUGGAAGCACGCCUGAAAGUGGCGCUGUCUGAGAACAAGGUGCUCAAAGGCGAGAACGGCAGCCUCAAGAGGCAACUGGAAGGCCUGCGGAGUGAGAAUACUGUGCUUAAGGCAACGGCCCCUAAGAGACGAGCUGUGUGCCUCAUGGUGGUCUUGGUCUUCCUCGUGCUCAGUGUCGGCCCAAUAAGUCAGCUUCAGGGCAACUCGGGUUCUGGGCUGGAGCUUGUGCCCGUGCAACACAGUAGACACCUGUUGGGUUUCUCCCCGGAAACAGACAGCAAGGUCGUGACGGGCACCGAGCCCCUUGGAAAUGGCCGCGUCGAGGUGGCCGACAGUACUGAGGACAAGGCCCUGAUGGUGGUGAAGGAGCUUAACUUCCUCAGGCCACCUCCCCCCUGCCUGCCGCCUGUUAAUAGGACCAAAUGUAUUGAGCUGGCCCAUGAGUUGAGGGGGUGGGUCCACCGUCAUGACGUGCAGCUGACCAAAUCCAGGCGCAUGAGUAACAGCCACCUCAGACCCUCCCGGAACAUUCUGAAAACUGAACAUAAGGAUGCCGAGAGCUCCCAGAUUGUGACUGUUCCAUACGCUAAAACUGCCAAAGAAAAGACCCCUGGCAGCGAGCUACAGGUGUACUACAGACCCCCUCACACGUACAGUGACUUCCUUGCCGAGAUAAACCGACGAGGUGACACGUUCUACGUCGUGUCUUUUCGCAGGGAUCAUCUCCUACUUCCCGCCACCAACCACAAUAAAGGAAGUCGCCCUAAGAUGUCUGUGGUGUUGCCUGCCAUGAACAUAAACGACAGCAUCAUUGGAGACAAGGAGUUCGAGGUGAUGAUGCAGAUCGAUUGCGAAGUGACUGACACCAGGAUCCUCCACAUCCGCUCGUCCACCGUCCCGCCAAUGCUGCGGGUCAACCGCACGCAAACCUUUUAUCAGCGCUCACCGGCUGACACCCAGGCUGCUGCUCCCGUCGACGUGCUUGUGGGGUCUGCCUAGGACAACCUUCGGCAAUUCAAAUUGGUAAAAAAAUUGAAACCGACUAUUUCACAUCAAUCCAGUCACCACAUUCUUUGUCGUGGCCUGAAUUCCGGAAAGUAGUAUCAGCGGUUGGCGCUAGCUCCUGAUGUGGCUGCACUGACUUCCCCAUAUAACCCCAGACGUCCCACGUACAGGUAAUUGCUUAGCAGCAGGGGGCUGAGCAGUGAACCCUGAGUCACCCCAUCACAACACAAAUGCACCAUAGCAGCUCUAUCUUGAAGUCCACUUCUACUUUUUGUUCCUCCUGUCUGGAUCAACUAAGCUAAAGAAUAAUAUUCCAAUUUGCACAUCUUUUUGAAAAGGCAAAAACAGCUGAAUGGGGAUUGAGACGUUGUUACUCAUACAUUAUUUGGAAAUACUACAGGAGAUUCCAUGCAGCUACAAACAGGACGCUCAGGAAGUCAUAUAUCCUCUGAACUCUGACCACCAUGUGUAUGUCCUUGGUGUGUUUUCGGUUUUUCUACUGUAAUGAUGAAGACAUUUUGCUUUCUAUUAUAUAUAUAAUAUUUGAACAGAGAUGUUUUAUAUAUUUAUUUUGAUUGUCAUAACCUUUGACAAAAUGCGUAUUUUCAUGUGUGUCUUUAAGUUGUAUUGUGUAAAAGUGUUGUUUGGGGAUUUUUCAAAUUGCUUUUUGAGUUCAGAAGCCGUCUUUUGGGGGGAAAUGUAAGAAAUGUAAGAAAUAUAUAUAAUGGGUGGGGUAAUAACAGUUUUAGUAGUUUGUAUUGCAGUACAGAUCUUGGAUGUUCAGUUUUGGUUAGAAAUGUCUCAUUAGCAGUUGUUAAAAAAAAUAAAAUAAUUUCAGUCUAUGUGCUGAUGAGUUUAAUGCAUCUCUGUUUUGCUACUUGCCUAUUUUAGCCCGUUUCCUGUGUGUGUUUCAGAAAAACGUUGAUUCCCAUGUCACUGCAAGCCUGUUACAGUUAAGGACAUGGAAGAUGUGUGUUUGUGCAUACACUCAAAUAAACACUGGAUUUUCUGUA